CAGGUCAUGGAGCUGGUGUUCUGGGCACCUCCUUCCUCCUGAAGAGGCACUGGGCAGGCAGGGUUGACAGGUUGGGCGGCAUAGCGAGCUGACUGACACUCACCUCCAGCAUAAAACCUCGCUUCAUGGAGCCUGCCCCUCCGCAGCAGGACGGACAACUCCUGCCGCCGCUGCCCAGGGCUCAACCAACCCCCAAGCCAGAGAACAUGAGGCGGCCCCGCACCCCUGGCCUGCUGCUGCUGCUGCUGCCGCUGCUGCUGCUGAUAGCCGGAACUGAAGGGGCCAGAGCUCCGAGAGCCUGCGGGCACCCAAGGAUGUUCAAUCGGAUGGUAGGAGGGGAGAACGCCUUAGAAGGUGAGUGGCCCUGGCAGGUCAGCAUCCAGCGAAACGGGACCCACUUCUGCGGGGGCAGUCUCAUCGCACCAACAUGGGUCCUCACCGCUGCACACUGCUUCUCCAACACUUCAGACAUCUCCAUAUACCAAGUCCUGCUGGGGGCACUUCAGCUGCAGCAGCCGGGACCACACGCCUUGUAUGUCCGUGUGAAGCGGGUGGAAAGUAACCCCCAGUACCAAGGCAUGGCCUCCAGUGCUGACGUGGCUCUGGUCGAGCUGCAGGUGCCUGUGACCUUUACCAAUUACAUCCUUCCUGUGUGUCUGCCGGACCCCUCCAUCGUCUUUGAGUCGGGCAUGAACUGCUGGGUCACUGGCUGGGGCAGCCCCAGUGAACAAGACCGACUACCCAACCCACGAGUCCUGCAGAAGCUUGCUGUACCUAUCAUUGACACACCCAGGUGCAACCUGCUGUACAGCAGAGACACCGAGUCUGACUUCCAGCUCCAAACCAUCAAGGAUGACAUGCUCUGUGCAGGGUUUGCAGAGGGCAAGAAGGACGCCUGUAAGGGUGACUCUGGAGGCCCCUUGGUGUGCCUUGUGGACCAGUCGUGGGUGCAGGCUGGGGUGAUCAGCUGGGGAGAGGGCUGUGCCCGCCGGAACCGCCCAGGCGUCUACAUCCGUGUCACUUCCCAUCACCAGUGGAUCCACCAAAUCAUCCCAGAACUGAAGUUUCAGGGGAGGGCCGACAGCCCGCAGCAGCAAAGAGGCCCCCGAGGCUGGCAGCACUUGGAGAACUCUGCCCCCUGCCUGGCUGCCCAUGCAGUCAUGCUGGUCCUGGUAACACUGCUCACCAUCCUCUGAGCCUGCCCAGGCCAGGCAGCGGAGACCCACCCACUGUACAUUUGUAAAUAGCUCGAUCCCCCAUCUUACACGCUAGCUACUUUUGUUUAUGUUCACUUCCAGAAAAAAGAGCGUCAUGGCCUAGGUGGGGAUCCUUGCUGGGCUCUAGGCGCCACGCUUUGAGUUGGGAAGAUUUAGAGAGCUUGGUUCCUGGUGAGAGGAGACCCUUGCAGGCACACCCAAGUAGGACGUUCCUGACCCAGUUUCCCUGUUUCCAACCCACGACUCUCACCACCUUGAAUACCAAUGCUGUUCCCCUUCCUGCACUGUGGACGGUGACAGACACUGGUGGGAAGCAGGUCACAAGAUGCCAAGUGCUUCAGGAGGGGCCAUGCAGAUGGGUGGAGGGCAUCCUGGGGGCACAGCCUCCUUUCCCAAUCCCACACUUCUCUAACACCAUCACACAGAUCUGAGGGCCACCAAGAACCUGUGCGUUCUCCUAACACUUGAGGAGCCCCUUCCAGGGGGCAACCUGUACCUCGUGUUCUUCCCUUUCCUACUGAUCCAGCCCCUAACCUUCAACUUCGCCCUCUAGUGACAGAGUGGGGGAGAGAAAGGGACAGGGCACACACAAACCGUGCUCUGCUCACACCUAGUCACACGUGUAUUCACGGCAUAUCCAUCCACAUGCUCACACAGGCAAACCCGUCUUGCCUCAGAUAGACCAGGCACUGUUACGUACUAAAUGGGUGACCGUAUGGGUGUGAUGAUGCUGAUGCGUGGCCGUUAGUCUCAGCACUCGGGAGGCAGAGGCAGGGAGAUCUCUAUGAAUUUGAGGCCAGCCUGGUUAGCUUGAGUUCCAGGACAGACAGUGAGAUCUAUCUCAGAGAAGAAAAUAAAAUAAAACCCCGAAUGGAUCACUGAGCACUAGCAGUAUACCAAACCAACAUGAGGAACCCCCUAGGGUCCCACUCCCACCGGCCACUCAGUGGCCUCUGUGGAUGGGCUGUUUGCCGAGUGCCUUCUCUAGACCAGACUGAGUAUCUGGUCUAAGAAGGGUUAGUUACUCUUCUACUCUAUAGAAGAAAACUGGAGCCCAGACAAGGGGACAGGACAAAUUGUGGGGAUGCUGAGGACACCCCAAGGCCAAGCUCUGGGACAUCAUGGUUGCUAAGCAUUGGCCUGAGGCUCAGAGGCUUGGAAACUGACCUGGCAUCUUUGUGAUUUGCCUCAGGAAGCAUGGCUCUGUCCAAAGGUGCGGGGUGAGGCCUGUUCCCACCCACAGAUUCCGAAAGCUGCCACCUGGGCCUUGGCCUUUGUGCCUUUGUCUGGGCCUUGGCCUUUGUGCCUUUGUCUGGGCCUAUGGGCACCAGCCAACCAGAGGUGUGGUCCUGCCCCAAGCAGCACCUUGGCAGGAGCCCAGGAAAUGGGCUCUGCAGAAUCGAGUAGCUGUGGACUCACUUCAGGAUGUCCCCUCUCCUUCCCCAACUGCUCCUUUCACAGAAUCGGCAGGACUGCCCGAGCUGUCCUCACAGCUGGCAGCCUGUCUAAGGCUGAGACUAAAUGGCCUCCGUUUCUCGUUUUCUGCUCAGACAUCCCAUGUUCUAAGCUGUGUCAGCACAGAGAGACCUCUCAGAACAGAGUCUAGACCCCCUCCCCCAUCCAUGUUCCCAGGCUAUUCCCAGAGGAGCUCGUGGCCCAGACACCUGAGCGCUGUACAGGAGCCCCUUAUCUCAACCUGGGCAACGGGACAGCCUUGUUGUACCCUUGGGUCAGUGAGCCACCAGCCCGGCUGCAUCGGCUACACAAAAGGACACAGGCUACACAAGGCUCAGGGAACAGUCUGUGGACAGCAGACAAAAACAAGCCCUCAGGGAAGCAGGAAAAGGUUGCUUUCUACAAGAGCGAGGACAUCAUUCUGGUCUACCAAGACACACUGCACAGGAGGAACAGCCCUUCUCCACACUCCAAGGCAUGAACAGUCGCUGAACGCAUUCAUAAAUACACAAUUUUAUUUACUAUUUUCAGGGGAAACUUAGGCAUUAAACGAUAAGCUGAUAAAAUACGGAUACCUAAAAAAGUAUAAAAGUAUAAAUAUCCCCUUAGAAUUUUAGUGAAUUAAGUUUUAAUAUCAUUAAAUUAAAAAACAAAAACAAAACCCCCCACAAGUCUAUCUACUGUCAAAGUCAUAAAUCAAACAAUGCUAAGUAUCCAGCAACUCCCCAGAGUAUUCCCCAUGGCCAACAGCAGAGCCACUGCCUCCAGGGCUGCUGAGGCCCAACCAACCCAAUAGAAAGGUUUUCAUGAAUCAUUUAAGCCAAACAUUUAACAACAUACAACAGACCUUAGGAAAGGACGAGGUCAGUCCUAGAUGCUAGAGAACUUAAUUCAUCAGUUACUGGCAGAGGAGAAGGAAGAGGGCCUAGGCAAGAAGUUUCCGGAAGCAUUUGAAACAGUGUUAGAGGCUCUGACUUGCACUUGGCAGCCAUGGCGGUCGGGUUGCACAGCUCCCUUGAGAAGCCAGGGGUCAAGAAGCACAGAGCUUGCUUGCUUGGGCCAAGUCUGUGGCUUGCUACAUCCCUAACCAGCUGAGAAAGAUGGGUUUCCAAGCUGCAGGCGCAGCCCCUGCAGGGACCUUAGCAGCUGCAAUGUCAUGUCGGGUGUACAGAGCCCAUGCAGGCCGCGCAGUCUCAAACACUCCCGAAACCCAAGAAGAACUGCAUAGUUAGACAAGGAAAUGAGAGCCAGUGAGGAGACAUGUUUGCGCUGUAAACAUCCUGAAUGUUCAACAUGACCUGGAGUGUCAGCUCCAGAAGCCAGGUGGACAGGCCUCCUGCCCCAGCCUCCGUCCCAGGCACAACAAAGGCACUGGUAGGCGCCAGCCCCCCAUGAGCCCACAGGUGGGGCGUAUGAGGCAAAACAUCUACCUCCCUUAAAUGAUUUAACAGAUCAAUCCAAAAUGUAGCAACACUUUUAGGCAUUUCU